AUGUGCGUCACACUGCAGGUUGCUGCAACGCUCAUCAGCCCUAAGCGGACAAUACCACUCUCUGCUUGGUGCAGCCGCGAGCGAGGAAGGGUGGUGGGUGGCGCUGGCGGGCCGCUUCAUGCGUCGUCGG